AUGCCGUUCGUGCAACGUGCCGUGGGCCCGGUCCACCUGAGCAGGGUGAAGCUGCACGACGAAAGCGGCGUGCCCACGGUCCGAGACCGCGAGCUGGACGCCGUCACCAACUUCGCACUGAGCAACGCACUUCGGCAGAUGGCCUCGGUGGCCGCGCUCGCCGACGAGGUGUUCCGCGAACUCCGUGACCAGCUAGCCGACGUGGCCACCAGGUCGGCGGGUCUCAAGCGCCGCGUCCAAGCCCUCAGCCACUUGGUCGACCACGCCGAUCCCAAAGCCGUCACAGUUCCUGAAAGUGACCUGACAGCGUUCAGUCUAAAAACAGAACAUUUUAAGAGUAAGCAAGUCGAGAGCAAGAAUUUAUUGUUAGCAGAAAAUAGACCUAUUUGGGUUAAAAGGCUCUACGAUCAAGCCGGAGUACCGAGUAAAGUAUACGCCAACAAACCUCACGUCCAUCGAUUAUCGAGAAGGAAGCGAUCACUGGACGACAUUCUUUUACCCGACGACAUAGAACUUAGAAAGCCUGCGGCCAUCACUAAUCUCCGUCCAUGGACAUCGGAAGAAGUUCUCGGAGAUAUAACCGUAGCUCCUGAUUGUUCAUCAAGGAUACCUAGAGAUCCGAGUCCGGUUUCAGAAGAUCAAAUCGACCACAAGCUGCCAUCGCCCGAAGAACAGCAGCAGGUCAUCGCACAUAAAUUCCCGCCGCAAAUAGUCGAAGUUGACGUAUCCGGCCGGAGUUUUAACCGUAUGAGCGCGCUUAGGAGAUCUCUGCAGAACGUUGAAUAUGAAACGUCUGUUAGACGACGGAAGAGCAAAAGACCUAGAGGCAAGAGGAGGAAUACGAUUGCUGGAACCGAUCAAAAAGAAUUAGAAGCCGUUAUUGGUUCACUAUCUGAUAGUAAUAAAGACUCUGAUGACAUCGUGUCCAGCAGCACGACCGUUGUGGUGACCGAGAAAAGGUCAAAUCUUGAUUUGUUGAAAGAUUGGGGAAGAAUGAGAUUUAAACAACUUAAAAACACAGAACCGGCAUCGUCGGCAACAGUGAAGCUCAGAGAUAAAGGACGAGUUGGGCUGGCAAGAAGAAAAUGGGAUAAGGAAGAACCAGUGCAUUCUUCAUCUGGAAAUUGGUCAGCAAGUUCAGAGAGUGGACAGUCUACUUCGACUAGUCACAUACCAAGGUCUAGCGUCAGCAGUUGCAGCGGAAGCACGAAGCCGACGUACCACGGGGGAAGUUCGGUGACCAGCGACGAAGGGGAAACCGGUUCCACGUAUUCGUGUGAUACCGAGGGAUACUACACGUCGUUCCACGUGGACAGCGGUCUGAAGACGCUCCGGGAGGAGGAUCCGCCGCAGCCGAUGUCCGCGUUGCACUCCACGUCGGCGCUUACGCCCAGUUUCCAGUCGUCGUCUGCAGAGAGCGAGUACGAUGUCUUCGGCCGGGGCAGCACGUCGACCACGGCGAGUUCGGCCGGUACCGUGUGCACGUCGCUGAUGGUAUCGCCGCCGAACGUGCCGGAGAGGGGUGGCAGCAAGCUGUCGGAAAGGUCCGCGGCGGACGUCUCUUACGGCGGCUCGCUGCCCGACCGGAACAACGCGCACGGCCCGAAGGACUCGUCGAUGGCGUCGUACGACAAAUCGAAAACGGCUCCGUCCCGGCUGACCAAGGAGAACGUGACCAGGUACAAGGAGGAGGGACUGAUGAUCGACGUCAAGCCCAGACCGUGCCUGGAACACGGCGGCGGCGACUCGCCGGACAGCGGGCACAACACGUGCAGUUCGCCGGUGGAUUCGGUGACGAACCCGUCCGUCGACUUGGAGAUGUCCGAGUGUUCCGACCUGGAGGGCGUCGACCGGGUGGAGAGGCUCCGGGUCAAGACCACCAUCAACACCAGCCGCAUACCGUCCAUGUGCGUCAUCACGCCGCCGAUGAGCGACGACGAGGUGAGCCUGAAGACGUGCACCGCCGCCAUGAGGGCGAUCGUUCCGGACAUGGACGAUUACGGCGAGUACGUCACGCUGGCGCACUACGCGAUACCCGAACCGGUAUCGAAGGCUAUCGUCGAGCCCCCGGAACUGGCGACGUGCAAGGGAUUCGUGCACCUGGACGAGCUGCCCGCCGUGGGCACGUCCGAGCGGCAGAGGCCGGCGGGCGCCCGAGUGACGUUGAACUCCGAGGGCCGAGUCAUAUACACGUCGGACAGCUUGAAGCGCCGGAAGAAGACUCACACGACCAAUACGUUCGAGCCAGGUCCGUGCGUUAAUGCCAACGUCCGGUUGCUGCCCGUCAACGACCACUGCAACAGCGUUUUGUCACAAGUCAUACCUCGUUCUCCGUUGAACGUCCGACCGGUGACCAAACAGCCGAACGGCGCCGGCGUGCUCAGCUCCGCCGUACACAUCGUCGCUGCCAAGCCGAAACUCCAAGCCGAACGUAAUACACCGGCCGCCGUCCAGUUGAAACCGCUUGUGCCCAUACCGCUGCCGUGUUCGCCGGGCCAGAGGCGCUCGUGCAAGACGACCGCGGGCCUACCGCUGACGGUGGCCACGGCGCUCGGCAGACAUCGGGCCCCCCCGUCCCGGGUGGUCGUGUUGCCGGACGGCGGUCGGUGUCCGGCCGACGCCGCCGGCAAGCCCGUGUCGCCGCUGAUCUCGCCCACCCGGCGGAGCCUGUCGCCCAAGGAGGUGGUGCGGGGCGCGUACGUCCGGAUGCAAGACCCCACCGAGUGCCUGGAAACGAGCCUGGACGAGAUCAAGUCCGUGGUGAAGCGCAGCGACAGUUACAGGCAGGCCAACGCCACCAGUCCCCGGCUGCAGCACACCACCAAGUCCCCGAACAUGCUGAUGGCGCUUCAAAAGGCCCGCAGCGAGACCACUCAAGGUAAUCAUUUUACGGACAGGACGGAUAUCUGGUAG